AACAAGGUGAAGGUACACCGUUGAACGACCACUCACGUGCGGCGUUGCCAUGCAGGUGGGGCUCGAGCUUGACAACAAACACGAAAGCGCGCAAACGCCCACCCACUCCACAUGCACUACCAUCUCAACCACCCGCCUUUGAUCGCGCACCAGAUACAGCCAGAGGCGCACCGAAUUUUGUUGCCCAACUUACUUGCGACAUCUACUUAGCGCGACAUACUGUGUAUUCAUACCAGCUACAGCGACCCUCACACAGCGACAUGGCCCAUGAAACGGGCCUCUUCUCAGUGCGCAGACCGCGCGAGACCCUCGGCCCGGUCAGUCACAAUGUAUCCGCGAUUCCCAUGCCGUCCUCCGCCUUGAAGCGCGCAAGCUCCGUCAACAUGCACACAUCCGGCCCGUACACCCACGGACGCUCACAGUCAGGGUCCAGAAUGUCUCUUGCUGCAGGCCGACCAGCACAGCCCAUCUUUCAACGGUCGUCAUCCGGGACCAACCUCGCAGAAAUGGGUCUUCAAUCCGUCAAUCGCGGCUCGACAAGCGCAAGGAGAAGUCUGGCACCUGGUUCGAUAUUUCAGACGCCCGCGCCUCCCACUUCUAGUCUUGACCAAACACAACGGCGUAGUAGUGUCUUUAAGGGGCGACCUUCUCAUGGCCCUGGUCAAACCGGCGUGAAACAGUCCUUCUUUGCGACUGGACCGCUUCCUUCUGGCGUUCCGACAGAUCCGCGCAGACUGAAGGAUGCGAGUACACGACAGCAGAUGGCGCACGAGCUGAUGGAGUACUUGACGCAAAACAAUUUCGAGAUGGAGGCGAAGCAUUCACUCUCAAGCAAGUCUAUGACGUCCCCAACACAGAAGGAUUUCAACUGCAUGUUUCAAUGGCUGUAUCGCAAGAUAGACCGAGGAUACCGCUUCCAGAAAUCGAUUGAUCAGGAGGUUCCGAUCUUGCUCAAGCAGAUGCGCUAUCCCUUUGAGAAAUCGAUUAUGAAGUCACAGAUUGCUGCUGUGGGAGGGAACAACUGGUAUACUUUCCUCGGCCUUUUGCACUGGAUGAUGCAACUGGCGAAGAUCAUGCAAGCGUUUGAGUCUGGGCAGUACGAUGAUGCGUGCUUUGAAGCUGGUUUCGAUGUGUCUGGGGACCGCAUUAUCUUCGACUUCCUUUCGGACGCCUAUAGAACAUGGCUCACAGCAGAUGACGACGAUGAAGACGAGGAGGCGCAAGCAAGGCUUAUACAGCCACAUAUCGAGCGCAUGGCCGCACGCUUUGAUGAGGCCAACGCUCAAAAUCAUGAGCACGUCAAGAUCCUCGAGGCAGAGCACAAAGCUCUGCAGGAACAGAUCGACGAGCUCGGGAAGUCCGGACCAAGGAUCGCGAAGCUGGAAGAGCAGAUCAAGAUUCUGGAAGAGGACCGCGUCAAGUUCGAGAACUACAACAACUCCAUGGAAGCGAAAGUGACGAAGUACACGGAGAAAUGCCAGUUUCUGGAGAACGCCAUCAAGGAGAUUGAGGCGGAGCUCGAAGCUUCCGAGAAGGAACAACAGGAGCUCCAGGCUAUUGUCGAUAGCCGGGGAAUGACCAUCUCGGACAUUGACCGCAUGGCGACGGAAAAGGAACGACUGGAGUCGUCGCUACAAGCGGUUGCUGCGCGCGCCGAAGAAUCGAAGAAGCGGGUAGCAGAGAAGGAGCUCGCUGCGUCGCGCAAGUUGGACGAGUUGGAACAGACAAUAGAGCGGUUCAAUAACCUGGGCUACCAGAUUGGUAUCAUACCAUCUACAGCGCCCAAUGCGAAGGGGCAGGACUACGAGCUCAUUCUUACGAUCAACGAUGGUCCCAACUUCUCAGGGUCACAAAUGGGAGCUUCCACACAAGAGGGUGACCGUCUGCUUGCUGACGCUGGCACUGGCUACUCUCCCCAUCACCUCCUCAAUCUGGAUCUGCGCGGUACUGUCAAGUCCAACAUUCUGGCUCUGCGGAGGGACAUUGCGGAGCGUCGGAACGCCGCUCUGGAAGCCGACAUGAACAACCAUGACUUACUCGACAAAAUCAAAGAAGCAAUGGACGAGAAGCAGGCCGAGGUCGAGGCACUAGGACACAAGGUUGCGCAAGCAGAAGAAGAGCUGGAAAAGUUGCGCGAGAUUACGAGCACACAGAAGACGGCGUCGGAUGCGCAAAUCGAGAAGAUGGAGAAGGAGUUGGGCAGGAUGAGGAGUAAUCUUGGAGACAACGUGCAGUUGAUGGUGCAGAGGGAGAUGGCAGUGAAUAUUGAAUAUGAACAACUCACUCUGCGGGCCAAUGCUCUUAGAGAAGAACUGCACACCGAGAUUGAACGCAUGUUGGAUGACAUUGUGCGUUUCAAACUGCAUAUCCAGCGGUCGUUGGAGGAGUACGAGCAGUUCAUCGCCGAUGAGGUGGAACGCAGCUACGAAGAGCAGGAUAUGCUUGGUGAUGCGGAGGAGCUUGAGCAGUGAGCUUCGUCUAUGUGGAGUGACGAAUGGCGUUGAGGUUUGGGUCGUGCCUGUAUGCUUGGGGUAUCUCAUCUGCGUUGCCUCUUCGAUUUGGUGGGAGGUUCGGCGUUGAAAGGAUGAUAUUGCGGCGGGUUGGAUGGUUGGAUGAUACCUCUCUUUUAGAACGGUUGGUUGAUUGCAUAUACCCGUCCAGUUUGAUAUAUU